CAGAUGAAAAACACCCACCUCUCCGCCUCUUCCAAGGGACGAGGGAACCGUGCGGCAGAGUUUCCGUUACGACGUGGGAUGAGAUGGAAUUUAGAGUUUGGCGAAAAGUGCAACUCGACUGAAUGCUGCAGGACUACAUUUCAGAAGAAAAUAACUCAAACCAACCUGUGUGAGCAUUUGUAUGGUUUGAGAAAAUGACUGCAGUGCCUUCCCAAAAUAAUGGAAUCAUUUAUUAUUAAAAAAACACAAGAUCAACUCCGAUGGAUCCCCGAGGCUGACCGAGGAGUCCAGACCCUCUAAACUGGACCCCACAAAGGAAUGUUUGCACUGGAGAGGAGUGAGUGAGAGAGAGAGCAAAAGGGGGCAGUCACAGAGCUGAAGGGAGGGUGGGAGCCAAGGAGUGGAGCUGGAGAAGAUCGUACCUGCUGCUCUCACUGCUCAAAUAUUAACAACGGGGUUUGUGGGAACCGAUGCCGCUGCUCUGGGACGAUCCCAAAGUGAGGAGGCAGCCGGGGGUUUGUGGACACAGUGUGCCGCUGCAUCUGAGAGCCUGAUGGAGGAGGGGGUAACAGAGCCCGAGCCUCAGGCGGUGGAGCUCACCGGCAUGCCCCCAGGAACCCCCUCGGAGGUAAACGGAGACUUACCGGGCAACCCAUACCUGAGGGACGGGGCGGGGGUGAUGGAGAGUCCGGUGAGGGAGCCUGCUGUGCUGCAGUAUCCUGCCGAGUACAGCCAGCAGUACGGGGAGAAGAUGCCGUUCCACAACGUGACGGCAGGCCUGCUCUACAAGGGGAACUACCUGAGCCGCUCGCUAUCCGACAGCGACAGCGACGUCCUGGCCAGCAUCUCCGUGGAGGAGCUGGACGAGAUCCGGGAGGCGUUCAAGGUGUUGGAUCAUGACGGAAACGGCUUCAUUUCCAAACAGGAGCUGGGCAUGGCCAUGCGCUCUCUGGGAUACAUGCCCAGUGAGGUGGAGCUGGCCAUCAUCAUGCAGAGACUCGACAUGGACGGUGAUGGACAGGUGGAUUUCGAGGAGUUUAUGACGAUCCUUGGACCCAAACUGCUGUCGUCUGAAACGAGAGAUGGCUUCCUGGGCAGCACAAUAGAUAGCAUCUUCUGGCAGUUCGACAUGCAGAAGAUCACCCUGGAGGAGCUGAAACACAUCCUGUUCUACGCCUUCCGCGACCAUCUGACCAUGAAGGACAUCGAGAACAUCAUCAUCAACGAGGAAGAGAGCCUGAAGGAAAACUCUGGCAACUGUCAGACAGAGUUUGAGGGAGUCCACCCUUCAAAGAAGAACCGUCAGACGUGCGUGAGGAAGAGCCUGAUCUGCGCCUUCGCCAUGGCGUUCAUCAUCAGCGUGAUGCUCAUCGCAGCCAACCAGAUGUUGAGGAACGGCAUGGAGUAACUCCGCCCACUGAGCAGGGAGCAGCCUGCAUGUGCAUGCCAGGCGGUGAGAUCAUAUCCCUGCUGAUAGGAAAAUAACUAAAGGAAAGAACACAAAUCAAAUCGAGAAAAUACAUUUUUAAUGUUUCCUUCUUCAUUUUUUUCGAAUAAGUGGCAACCAUCUUCCACCUGAAGCCAGCAUGAGGAGUCAUGGAGGCUCCUCCCCCUUUUCUCUGACAGGGACACUCAAGGGCUGACAUUACACAUAAUACUCUGUCGUGUAUGUUUCCUUGAUGCAAUAAAAAAAAGUAACAAAAAAAGAAGCUUGAGUGCAGGAGUUCAGAGCUGCAGUGGUUUUCAGAGCUGCAGAUCUGCCACCCAGCAGGAGUCUGAUGAGCCACCAGGACUGAAAUGGAACCACGGAAUGGAACAAUAGUUAUUUUCUUAUGCUUCCUGGAAGUAUAAUGAUAGACCCGGCUGCCACUCAAGCAGAAAGAGCCGUACGUCACAGUUCACAGUGCUCCAGCUCUCCAACCUUCUAUUUCCAUCCCCUUCGCCUGUGGCUGGUAUAAAGUGCUGGCAUCAGAUCAUCCACCCACACCAAGCAGUCGAGCGUGCAGUCAAAAUGUUGAAUGGUAACUCCUGGCCUGUGUUUUGGCCCUGUGAUAUUCAUUUUAGAACACACUAGCUCAGAAAUGUGGUUUUUAGAUCUCCUCCUUCACUGUUGGUUGAACACUGUUAAGGUGCAAAGAAAAGUUGUCUUUGUCCUGUUCAAAUAAAAGAUCCACCGUUUCAUAUGACAGGGUGGAUCUUUUAUCUUUCCUGGAUAACACGCUGGAAUUAUGGAAGUUGGGUUCAAACUUGGUAAUGUGAAAACAUGCAGUUUGUAAAUGCUGUAAGGUUUACAGAUAGAUGUACAGUAUAUAUAUAUAUAUAUAUAUAUAUACAUGUAAGGGUGGAUUUAUUCUAUACAAAUCUAUACAGUGUGUCAUGUUAAAAUGAAAAGGAAUUAUAAUUUAUCCAUCUAUGACCCUAUCACUGUUGCACAUUUUAUGAAUUUGAAUCCAUCAUUUAAACUAAAAAAAUAUAUUUAGCAUUCAACAUGUUCUCAUUUUGUAAUUGUCCCUAUUGUGUGAAGACCACAGAUAAAGAACUGUGAAUCUCAACAAUUUAUGUAAAAUAAGGGUCUUGUCAAACUUUGAGUGACUUCCUAACAGGUUGAUUCUGACUGAGGAGUGCUCUGAACUACUGCUCUGACAUCAUCACGUCACAUGUAUGUACAAACACCUGUUUAUCAAGUGCAUGAGAUCAAGUAAGGCAUAUUUUGUAAAUACAUCUGGUUCUGCUGAGUGUUGGUGUGUGUGUGUUGUCUCUGUGUGUGUGUGUGGUGUGUGUGUGUGGUGUGUGUGUGUGUGUGUGUGUGUGUGUGUGUGACUUGUCGGUUGCUCUCUGCUCUCUUGGGUUCAGAGGGGGGAGGGGGACCAGCAGAGAGAGAGGUGGCUUCCCCAUUACAAACAGGUCAGGAGGUGAAGACCCCCUCUCCCCCCCCCCCCCCCUCAACCCUCUUGCCAAAGCCAUAGAACUCCACAGAGGUGACCCAGACACAAUAUAGACUCUUUAACGUGUUCCAAUGUGGAAACACAAGAUCAACCUGAAACAUGUCUGUCCUGUUACAUUUGGUCUGCUCCUGUAAUGUGUUUGCACUGUGCCUGUCGUCCAUUCCAGGGAAAUGAUGAAGAGGGUUGUAGGGUGGUGAAAGACUGCCAUCUAGAGGGGAAGUGAGAUGUGUAGCUGAAAGCACUUUGGCAAAGCCAGGCUUUAUAUUCACAAUGUCUGACAACUGUUGAUGUUAAAUGUUAAAAUAUGAGGAUUUGUAUGUAUGUACGUAAAUGUUGACUUUGAUCUAUCAACACUGUGGGGUAGAGCAUUACUUGUAUUUGAAACAGAAUAUAUAUAUAUAUAUAUUCUUGCCUAUGGAAGGAAAAAUCACAAAUAAAUGACUAAUAUUACAAUUUUGAACACUGAGUAAAGGGCACUUUGUGCAAAGACCGUCUACAUAUCACUGUAGGUCACACUGGUUUUUGGCCUUUUUUGUAUAUGAAAAGGUAACACUGAUUCAAAUCAUGUUUUAAAUCAUUUUGCAGCAGUGGUGAAAAUGUCCCGCCAAAUUCACAGCUAGUCACUGCUAGCAUGUUAACUGGACAAACAUACAUUUUCUUUUGAAAAAGCAUUGUAAUGUAGAUUUUAUUUGUAUUUGUUUUGUGUUUAUUUGAGCUCAUGUUACUGUAAACUGUCCUCGCCCCCUGCAGGACAGUUACAUGUGUAAAGGAUUUUUAUUUUGGAGGGGAAACGCACAGUGUCUCUUCAUAGCAUGGUGUUAUCGUUAUGUGACUUUGUACAUAGCUAAUAACAUAGCAUUUGUAUUAGACAAGCACACCCUAUACAUACUUUGCAUGUGUAAUAUUUAAAACAUGUAGACUAUAGAAAUACUUUCAGUUGUACUAUUAUUAGAGGCAUAUUAAUUAUGUGAUUGUAAAAUAUGGAGAUCUGUACAAAAGUCAAAUGAUUAAACAUUGAUGCAAUAAAA